AGCCAGUCCAGCCAGAUCCACAGGUAUCUCACAUCACACAUCACUGAGGAGAGAGAGAGAGAGGCAGAGAGAGGGAGAGAGAGAGGCCUCUCCACUCUUUUCUGAAUAUUUACAGGGUGUAUCUGCGGUAUCUGAAGAUCUAAGAUCACAUGCUGGAAGUUUACAUUCUUAUUAAUUUGCAGGGAGCGGUCCAGCUGAGUGUGCGAAGUGUAAAACCUCAGUGAUGGGGCUCCAUCACUCUCACAGUGGAGGAACCUCUGACCCAAAGGUGAAGCGUGCAGAAUCUCCUGGCCCCAGCUGUGUGUCUAUGAAGAGAGAUGGAUCCAUGUCCGAUCCUCCUGGAUUCAGCAGUGGGGGAGUAGAACCCAGCCGUGUGUCUAGUAGGAGUGACCGGUCCAUAUUGGACCCUCCUGGAUUCAGCAGUGGGGGAGUAGAACCCAGCCAUGUGUCUAUUAGGAGUGACCGGUCCAUAUUGGACCCUCCUGGAUUCAGCAGUGGGGGAGUAGAACCCAGCCGUGUGUCUAUUAGGAGUGACCAGUCCAUAUUGGACCCUCCUGGAUUCAGCAGUGGGGGAGUAGAACCCACCCGUGUGUCUAUUAGGAGUGACCGGUCCAUAUUGGACCCUCCUGGAUUCAGCAGUGGUGGAAUAGAUCCCAGCCAUGUGUCUAUUAGGAGUGACUUAUCCAUAUUCGACACACUCGAAUUCAGCAGUGGGGGAGUAGAACCCAGCUGUGUAUCUAUUAGGAGUGAUCUGUCCAUAUUGGACCCUCACGGAUUCAGCAGUGGGGGAGUAGAACCCAGCUGUGUGUCUACUAGAAGCAACCAGUCCAUAUUCAACCCUCUUGGAUUCAGCAGUGAGGGAGUAGAACCCAGCUGUUUGUCUAUUAGGAGUGAUAUGUCCAUGUCCGACCCUCUUGGAUUCAGCGGUGAGGGAGUAGAACCCAGCCGUGUGUCUAUUAGGAGAAACCAGUCCUUGUCCGACCCUUCUGGUUUCAGCAGUAGGGGAGUAGAACCCAGCCACUUGUCUAUUAGGAGUGACCAGUCCACAUUCCACCCUCCAGGAUUCAGCAGUGGGGGAGUAGAACCCAGCUCUUUGUCUAUUAGGAGUGACCAGUCCAUGUCCGACCCUCCUGGAUUCAGCGGUGAGGGAGUAGAACCCAGCUGUUUGUCUAUGAGGAGUGAUAUGUCCAUGUCCGACCCUCCUGGAUUCAGCAGUGGGGGAGUAGAACCCAGCUGUGUGUCUAUUAGGAGUGACCAGUCCUUAUUCAACCCUCUCGGAUUCAGCGGUGAGGGAGUAGAACCCUAUGUGCCUAUGAAGAGAGAUGGAUCCAUGUCCCACCCUCCUGGAUUCAGUAGAGGAGGAGUGGAACCCAGCCAUAUGCUUAUUAGGAGUGACCAGUCCAUAUUCGACCCUCCAGGAUUCAGCAGUGAGGGAGUAGAACCCAGCUGUGUGUCUAUUAGGAGUGACCAGUCCAUGUCCAAACCUCCUGGAUUCAGCGGUGAGGGAGUAGAACCCAGCUGUUUCUCUUUGAGGAGUGAUAUGUCCAUGUCCGACCCUCCUGGAUUCAGCAGUGGGGGAGUAGAACCCAGCUGUGUGUCUAUUAGGAGUGACCAGUCCUUAUUCAACCCUCUCGGAUUCAGCGGUGAGGGAGUAGAACCCUAUGUGCCUAUGAAGAGAGAUGGAUCCAUGUCCCACCCUCCUGGAUUCAGUAGAGGAGGAGUGGAACCCAGCCAUAUGCUUAUUAGGAGUGACCAGUCCAUAUUCGACCCUUCUGGAUUCAGCAGUGAGGGAGUUGAACCCAGCAGUGUGUCUAUGAGGAGAGACUGGUCCAUGUUCGACCCUCCUGGAUUCAGCAGUGGGCAGCACUCCACAGAAACAGCAAUGCAGAUAAACACUCUGGUGGAGGAGACCGGACACCUACAGCUGGAUUCUUACCAACCAAUGGUUUACAACCAGCACAGUGUCUUAGAGACACACAAAACCAGCAUGAAGAACAAGUAUGAGAACUUAUAUAAAUUACAGCUGGGGUGCCUGAAGGUCCUAGACACAAAGAAAAAAACAAAGAAAGAAAAGAGGACGAAGUACCAAAAAUACCACAGCUCAGAAACUGUUCUGACUAAAGGCAUCGCUGGCACUGGAAAAACUGUCUCUGUGCAGAAGUUCAUUCUGGACUGGGCUGAAGGAAAAGCCAAUCAGGAUGUAGAUUUCAUGUUUGUGCUUCCGUUCCGGCAGCUGAACUUGAUUAAAGAUGGUCAAUACAGUCUUCAUGAUCUUCUGUGUGACUUCCAUCCUGAGCUCAAAGAUCAGGACCCAAAGAUUUAUGAUCAGAUCAAAGCUGUGUUUAUAUUUGAUGGUUUACAUGAAAGCAGAAUUCCACUGAACUUUGAACAGUGUGAGAAAGUAUCUGACAUCACCAUGACAUCAUCAGUGGGAGUGUUGAUGACAAACCUCAUCAAAGGAGAGCUGCUUCCCUCUGCUUUGAUCUGGAUCACCUCCCGACCAGCUGCAGCCAAUCAGAUCCCUCCUAAAUACAUCAACCGUGUGACAGAAAUUCAGGGAUUCAGUGACCCACAGAAGGAGGAGUACUUCAGGAAGAGGAUCAGUGAUGAAGACCAAGCCCAGAGAAUCAUCUCCCACAUUAAGACAGUGAGGAGCCUCCGCAUCAUGUGCCACAUUCCAGUCUUCUGCUGGAUCUCAGCCACUGUUCUUCAGAGAAUCAUGAAACAGCCUCAUACAGAAAUCCCUAAAACUCUGACUGAAAUGUACUCACACUUCCUGCUCACUCAGACCAACAUGAAGAAUGAGAAGUAUGAGCCAGAUGAGAGAGACCCCAAAAAAAUUUUCAAAUCCAACAGAACCAUGCAUCUGAAACUGGCUGAACUGGCUUUCACACAGCUGAUGAAGGGCAAUGUAAUGUUCUAUGAAGAGGACCUGAGAGAGUGCAGCAUUGAUGACACUGAGGCCUCAGUGUAUUCUGGGAUUUUCACUGACAUGUUUAGGGAGGAAUGUGUGCUUUACAAGAGGAAGGUCUACUGCUUUGUUCAUCUGAGCUUUCAGGAGUUCUUGGCUGCUCUUUAUGUGUUUCACUGCUAUGGGAACAAGAACAUGGAGGAACUGCAGAUAUUUAACCCAUUAAACAGACAGUGGUCUGAGAAUGUUCCACUGGAUGAAGUGCUAAAGAGAGCAGUGAUUAAAGCAGUAGAGAGUCAGAAUGGACACCUGGAUUUUUUCCUCCUUUUCCUUCUUGGCAUCUCAGUGGAGUCCAAUCAGAGACUCCUACAGGGCCUACUGACCCCAACACAGAGCAGCUCAAAGGAAAUCACAAAGUACAUCAAGAAAUUAAUUAAAGAAGAUGAACAACAUCCAAUCUCAACUGAGAGAUGCAUCAAUCUGUUCCUCUGUCUGUCUGAAAUGAAUGUCCAGUCUCUCUCCAGAGAGAUUCAGGAGUAUCUAAAAUCAGAGAGACACUCAGAGGAGAAACUCUCCCCUGGACAGUGUUCAGCACUAGCCAGCAUGCUUCUGACCUCAGAGGAAGUUCUGGAUGAGCUAAAUUUGAAGAAAUAUAAUACAUCAGAGGAGGAUUAUAGGAGACUGGUCCCAGCUGUGACUGUCUACAGAAAACCGAUUUCUGUAUUUUCAAAACUGGGACCAUCUCCAUUCAGACCUUUUAUCAGGAGUUGGAGGAAAAUCCCACAGACACAAGAAGCUAUGCUGAUGUAUCUAAGAAGCUAUAAAAUCUGUAACAAAAUCUCAGAGCUCCGUAUUCUUCUUCAUGGACCAGUAGGAGCAGGAAAGUCCAGCACCAUUAACACCAUCAAAAGCAUUUUUGAAGAACGGCCGUUUGUUAAUUGCCUAGCUGCUACAGAGACAACCAGCAGUCACACUCUAGACUACCAGAAAUUCACUGUUGGAAGUGAGAAAUCUGGACGCACCCCUAUUGCCUUCUACGACAUGAUGGGUCUACAAGACGGACAAACACAAGGGGUACACAGUGAAGACAUCAUCAAAGCUUUAAAAGGCAACAUUCGAAAUGGCUACCAAUUCCAGCGCACUCCAAUUUCUGAAGACAGUGACCAUUACAUCAAAGAUCCAAUGCUGAAUGAUAAGAUUCACUGUCUGGUCAGCAUUCUUCCAGCAGAUAAGAUAACCAUAAUGAGCGAUGGCGUCAUUGACAAAAUGAGGAUCAUCAGAAGAGCAGCAAGUUCAUUAGGAAUCCCUCAGAUGGUUUUGCUGACCCGAGUGGACAAGGCAUGCCACAUUGUGAAGGAAAGCUUGAACAAGAUCUACCAAAGCAGGAAGAUCAAGGAAAAAAUGCAGGUGUGCAGUCACAGACUGGGAGUUCCUAUGAACUGCAUCUUCCCUGUGCAGAACUACUACGAGGAGACUCAGCUGAGGCCGGACAUAAACUGCCUGAUGCUGGACGCUCUAAUACAUAUCGUUCAUUCGGCUAGCGACUUCGUAGAGAGGCAAAUUGAAAUUACUGGCAAACGGCAACUUGUAGAAUGAUUAUUCUGAGUUCAGACCUCUGUACUUAGCGUGAACUCAUGAGACUAAGCAGUGUUUACAAACAAAGGCAGAUAUUUCCACUGUGCAGAUCUCAGAGGCUGGCAGCAUGUGCUGGAUCUUCACAUUGAAACUGCCUGUAGAUCUUUUCUCACAUACAGUCCUGAGUA